AUGCCUCCAUCGAAUUCGGAAAUUGAACGUGCGGAACGCAUACUCAAACGCACAAUUGCGAAGCGCGACGCUAUACUCGCUCAAAUUACACUUCUUCAUGAUUUAGCGCAAAAGGUCGAAAAUAAUGAAGACAUUCUUCCGUUAUUUCGUGCACGAAAAAGGGAUAUUGAUACCUUUCGUGCUCAAUUCUUGCUUGAGCAAGACAGUAUUUUUGAUUUAUUGUUGCAACUCCAGCGGGAAGAUGAGUAUUACAAAAUUCACGUUCCACUUGCCAAUACUCUCUCCGAACAAUAUUAUUCAAUUAUGGCGAUUUCGGACGCUUGUCAUGCUGACCCUCUGCCGUCGUCUUCAAAUGCAUCUGCUGUCCAUGAGAGUUCACAUAUCCAAUUGCCCAAAAUACAAAUCCCAUCCUUUGAUGGUGAUAUUCUACUGUGGAUACCAUUCCGAGAUACGUUCAAGUCUUUAGUUCACAGUAAUGACAGUUUAUCUAAUAUUGAGAGGUUUCACUAUUUACACUCUGCAGUUACUGGUAGCGCUAGCACUGUCAUUCGGUCUAUACCAUUAUCGGACCCCAAUUACCUGGUUGCUUGGAAGGCUCUCGAGGAACGAUUUGACAAUCCACGACUUAUCGUAAAUGCUCACCUGGAUAAAAUAUUCAAUUUCCAGCCUCUGAAAUCUGCCUCAUUGAACGAUUUAAAAACAUUUUUGGAUACUUUCAAGGAAAAUAUUGGUGCCCUUAAAACCUUUGACAUUCCAAACAAGGAAGGAUUCAUAAUGUUUUAUAUCGCCUUCCGAUUAUUAGACUCAUCAACAAAAUUCAUGGUAUGUGUAGUUGGUACCUCCAUGUAA